UUCUUUUCUUUUCUUUUCCACCGAGGCGAGGAUGUUUGGGUAACCUUGAAAGAAAGAGUCUCUCUGGGCCUAACAAGAAGGGGAAGGGUUAGGGUUUGAGAGAAGAGAAAAAAGUAGUGAUAAUGGAAUCGAGGUCGAGCAUAUGCAUAAACGAAAGGGUUGGUGAGGAUGAGCUUCGAGCUAUUCUGGGUAAGGUGGAGAGCGAUCAGGAUAAGGAGGCUUUCGGAUUGGUUUGUAAGAAAUGGCUUUACUUACAGAGCACUGAGAGGAAGAGACUCGCUGCACGUGCUGGCCCUCACAUGCUUCGCAAGAUGGCUGCCAGGUUCUCUAAGCUUCUCCAACUCGACCUUGCUCAGUCUGUUUCCAGGUCCUUUUAUCCUGGUGUUACUGAUUCCGAUCUCUCUGUUAUUGCCCAUGGCUUUACCUGUCUCACACUCCUCUCUCUUCACAAUUGCAAAGGAAUUACGGACGUUGGCAUGAUAGAAAUUGGGCGUGGUCUUUCUUCACUACAAUGCUUGGAUGUAUCCUAUUGCAGGAAGCUAACUGACAAGGGAUUGUCAGCUGUUGCUGUGGGCUGUUGUGACCUACGAAGCCUACAUAUUGCUGGCUGUAGAUUUGUUACAGACAAAGUAUUACAAUCUCUAUCCCAAAAUUGUCACAAUCUAGAAGAGUUGGGACUGCAAGGAUGCAACAGUAUAACUGAUUCUGGACUCACAGAUCUUGUAAAUGGGUGUCGACGUAUCAAGUUUUUGGACAUCAAUAAAUGCAGCAAUGUUGGAGACAGUGGGGUGUCAAGUGUUUCUGAGGCCUGUUCAUCUUCUCUUAAGACUCUCAAGUUGUUGGAUUGCUACAGAAUUGGGGACAAGUCCAUAUUAUCCUUGGCCCAAUUCUGUAAAAAUCUUGAGACUCUUAUUGUAGGUGGCUGCCGGGACAUCUCUGAUGAGUCUAUAAAAUCACUUGCUGCUGCUUGUAAAAAUAGUCUGAAGAACUUGCGGAUGGAUUGGUGUUUGAAUAUCACCAACUCUUCAUUAAGCUGUGUCCUCACUCAGUGCAGAAACCUAGAGGCUGUAGACAUUGGGUGCUGUGAGGAGGUGACAGAUGCUGCUUUCCAGGGUUUAGGCACCAGGGAAAUUGAGUUGAAUUUGAAGGUUUUGAAGGUUAGUAACUGUCCAAAGAUCACGGUGAUGGGGAUAGGUGUGCUUUUGGACAAUUGCAACUCUCUGGAAUACCUGGAUGUGAGGUCAUGCCCACAUAUUACCAAGGCGGGUUGUGACGAGGCUGGAUUGCAGUUUCCUCCAUGCUGUAAAGUGAACUUUGCAGGGAGUUUAUCUGAGCCUGAUGUGUUGCUUUAAGACCCUUGAAUUAAACAGUUAUGCAUUCUGGCAAAUUUUCUUCCCUUUCAAGCUCUCACACAGAAAAUUCUACCUCUGAAAGCCUGACAGGUUACUGGUUUACUGCAACUGGCGAGGGCUAAUCAUGGUGUCAGUCUUGUUCACUGCUGUUUAAUGUCUGGGUUUUGGACGAAUUGUUGGGCUUGUACAUUUAUGAUUUAUCACUCAGAAUAUACAUGAAUAUGUUGCAUGUACAUUGUCUUUCGGUUCCUUUCUUCUGCUAUAUUUUAUUUGUUUAUUUUUUGGGUUGUGAAAUAUUGUUGUAAUUUGUCCCCUGCUCUGGAUUUGGAUCUUUGCCCAAUAACAUAAUUCUGCACCUAUAGCAA